AUGUCACACUCCUUACUACUCACGCUUCCACCCGAGCUACGACGACAUAUCUUCCAGCAUUACUUUGAACUCCAGCCUCUCGGUCCCGCGUCUGGCCCCAUCCCCUGGUGCGGAGCGUCGGCCACCCUUCGUGAAGUGACAUGUUUGUCCGGCACGGUCAAGACCAUCUUGGCUCUGGAACGCCGCGGCCACCGGGGGAGGUUAGUCGACGUGCCUACUCCAACGCGUCUCUUCCUCGUGUGCCGGCGAAUCUACGGCGAGGCGGUGGCUCUGUUCUACGGCUCGCUCAUGUUUACCAUCGACCCGUCCAUCUCCAGGUUCUCGCCCUCUUCUCUCUCGCAGGUCAUGGGUCAUACGGCUGGUUUUCUCCGGAAAGUCCAGAUCGACCGGAGACUCUGUCUGCGGGAGACCACCGACCGCGGUGGAGAGCACGAGAGAUUGGCCGAGGCAACGACGCUCCUUUUGAAGGACGCCCAAAUGAUCCGGCGCUCUCUCAGCAAGGUUGAGGCAUUGGUCAUCCGACUGGCCAUCAGGUACCCUGUUGACGAGCAGGAUCAAGACUGGUUCAUUGCCCAAGUAGCGACAGACUUGUGCCAAAGGGUCUCGGUUGAGACGACAGGCUGGACGGUUGCUCACUGCACCCACAAUGACCGCGUUACGGCGACGCUGGAUACUCCGCUGCUGUUGGCCCAACUAUUACUGCAGCGUCUGUCGGCAGCGACGACUCUGGCCGACGAAAACCUCCACUGCGAAGAAGACUAUAUAGUAGAUAUCGAAGGGACCGUAUAG